AUCUCCAUUUUUCUGGAAUUAAUCAAUCAGCUGAAUGCAUUUAUCAGAUAUAAAAAAAAAUGGUGGUUCUACAAAGCACAACCGCCUAAAAACUUGAACCCUAUUUUCAAAUCCAACAAUCAUGGUCUUUCUUCUGUGCUCUUCUCAUAUUGUCAUUCUACUUUCUCCUUCUCGCUUCAAAACCCCAUUUUUCCGUACUCAAUUUAGGGCUAAAACAUUUGUUUCUUUCCCUUCAAAUUCAAAUCAAUGGAAGGUGAAGAAAAUUAGAAUUCAGUGUGCAUCAGUCAGUAGUGAAGGAGAAGCUCAUGAUUGGAGAAAAUGGGUUCCCAAGAACGUCAAUUUUGGGGCCGAUAAAGUUCUGAAAUCAAUUGCUGGUGCUACUUCUAGCCCAAUUUGUCAGUUUAUUUCUUCCCCGUCUACUGUCUUGCAUGAUGUUGAUCCCAGAAUCAAAUUGGUAUGGCUUCUGGUGUUGGUUUUUUUGCCAGCAUGGUCCCAUAUUUACAUGCGUUUUGGAAUUGUUCUUUCUCUGGCUCUUCUGUCCUCAUGGGUACUCCCUAAAAAUGUUUGGAUGGAUCAAUUGGGAAGAGUGACAUUGCUGUCUCUAUUUUUAUUUGUAGUGCUGGGACUGACAGCUGAUACUGUUCUUUUUAGUGUUUCUUCGAGGACUCCACCGUCAUCUUUGACUGGAAUUCCAAGUAUUCCUUUAUCAUUCAAAGGCUAUUCCUAUAGACUUUUCAAGUUUGGACCUUUACAGAUGACUAGAAAAGGGCUUUCACUUGCAAGUACAUCUGCAUGCCUUACAUUCACCGUUUUCCAAAGUGCUAGUCUAUGUUUGUCAACAACCCCUCCGGAGCAACUUGCAUCAGCUUUACGGUGGUUCUUGCUCCCUUUAGCACAUAUUGGUGUUCCUGUGGAUGAAAUUGUUCUAACUCUAUUGCUUUCAUUAAGGUUCAUAAACCUUAUUUUUGAUGAGGUCCGAAAUGUUGCCCUUGGAAUUCUAUCUCGCAGAAUUAAUUGGCAGGACUUAACACUCCUUGAGAAAAUUGACGUCUUCGUGAUGUACAUCAGACGGAUCUUUAAAAAUAUCUUCAGCCAUGCUGAGCAAAUAUCACAGGCCAUGAUUGUUCGAGGUUUUCAAGGUGAUAGCAAUCGUCACAAGAUACACUUCCGACCUUCAUCUAUUACGAUUCCAAACUUUGUUUCAUUAUUGGCUCUAUUUGGUGUUAUUGGUGCUACUAGAUGGUCAGGGUCUUUCCUCGUCUGACAAGCAGUGAAACCUGCAGUGUACACAAUAUAUGGUGAUAACACCACCGAAUAAGGCUCAGCACAAUAUGCUUGAUCCCAAUGAUCCUGUCACUGGUAUUACAUGUUUUGGCUUGAAACGGCUAACUAUAAACUAAAGACGCUCUCAUCCUUAAAGAUUAUGUGACUGCCAUGACUGCAACAAUGGAUUUUUGAAAUGUCAAUCUACUAGCAGUAUUCUCUCAGGACAGAGGGAUUGAAGCAAGUUAAGAAUUAAAUUCAGGAUAAUUUGGAUUUAGGGUUGUUUUUUUGGAUAAAUUGUAAAAUGUAAGUGUUACAAGUUACUUCUUCGCUCGAACGAAUGUUGUGGAUAUUUCAUAGAUAAACCUACAGUUGCACCACAUAUAUUAUGUAUACAGCUCUAAGUAUUUUUCAAGCUAUACAUUUGAUAUCAAUUGAUCGUAUGCA